AAACUGGGUGGGAACGUUUAGCAGGCUUCGUUUUCUCGCCGGAUCGUUGUUAGCUGUUGAACCAACAAGGCAAGCGAGAUGGAAGUAAGGGACUCCAAUGCUGCUAUGCUAAGCAAUUAUGAGGUCUAUCAGUUGCUGACAGAACUGAAAGAAAAAAGAAAGGAGAUGGUUAAAAAUAAGCACAGCGUGGGACAGCAGAAUCUUAACACCAUCAUGUAUGAGACCCUGAAGUACCUCUCCAAGACGCCGUGUGCUCAUCAGAAUCCAGACACUGUGAAGGAGUUCCUCACUGCUAUGCUGCCUCACAAGCUCACCAAAGCUGAGAAGUUGCAGCUCCUUAACCACAGGCCUCAGACUGCUGUUGAAAUCCAGCUGAUGGUAGAGGAGAGCGAAGAAAGACUGACAGAAGAACAGAUUGAUGAACUUAUACAGAAAGUCACGCACGUUCUGCCUGGUGACCCUCAGAAAGAAGGGUCUGCUGGCCCCGAGAUGGAGACAGACCAAUAGCAUCACACCUGGACGCUUUGUUUGUGUUGACAAUGUUUUUUAAAAGUGAUGCUAAGUGUUAAAACAUGUAUUUGGUUUUUUUUUUUUUUUUUUUAUUGUACAUAUUGAACAAACACAUGAUAAAGAUAUUCCUUUCA